CUAUAGAUUUAUUUAAACACAUGUACAAUCCUAGAAUCAUUAAACAGUGCAUAAAAUGGGGCGAAAAUCAUAUAUUGUGCUUCAUAAAAGCGAAUGGGACAGGCUGCAUCGCAAAAAGGACGACUCAAUUAAACUGUCCGAACAACGAGAGGCGUAUUUCAAAAAGCUAGUAGAUAUUUCACAGGCCUGGAUUAAAACGUGGCCAGACACAGUACAGGGACAUGUAGAGCAAGUUAAGAAAGACAAGGAAAAGCACCACAAAGAAGAAAUAGCAUUGGUGAAGGCUUUUCUCCACGAAAAGAAGAAAGAAGGAACUAAAGAAGCUUUAAAAAACGCCAAACAACUUAUUUUUGAGGACAGUUGUUAUGGAAAGCAGUUGUUAAGUGCAUUUCUUGAGUCAAAAACUUUGGAAGAAAGAGAUCGCCAAAUUGAGUUACAAAAAGAAUUAAAACAGCAAAGCGAAGCUCAAGAAAAAGAAUCGCUUUCUAAAUUAAAAAAUACUUUCGACUUAGGUCAUGAAGAAGUUAAUAAACAGAAGAAAAGGGUCGAAGAAAUAGAGAUAUCCAAAUUAAAUAAAUCUAUUUAUGAGAUGAAAUUGAGUAAAGCAAUUGAUAAAAAGAAAAAACAGGAAGUGCUUGAACGUGAAAACGUACGACUCAUGCAAGAACUGUUGGACCUCGAAGCACGUCAGGAAAAAGAAUAUGAAAAGCAAUUGAGAAAAGAUGUUGAGCUAUACGAAAAAGAACAAGAAAUUGCAAGACAACGCAAGGUAGAAAGAGAAAAGAUAGCAGAGGAAGUAGCUAACGCACAGCGCAAAGAACUUGACAAGAGAUAUUGUAAAAUUCGGCAAGUAAUGAAAGACAUGCAUCAUGACAGAAAUAACACAGAACAAUACAAACGAAAUUACGAAAUUGUUAAGAAGAUACAAGAAACAGAGCAAGCACGUUAUAAUGAAUUUGUCGAAGCAGGAAUAAAGAAAUUAGAAGUGAGGACUUCAAAAGAUGACCAUCAAGCGAUUCUGAUGAAGAACUUGGAAAAGAACAAACGUCACUUGAUAUCUGAGCACAAUAAAAAGGAAGCGGAAAAGACGGAGCAAUCAAGACUUUACACAAAGAAGUUUAAUUGCGGACAUAGACAGAGUAUUCUGCCCAAGUCGAAUUAUAGCCGCAUGAAGAACACGAGUAGGUAGUGCCAUAGCAGACAAGCAGCCCUUAAACUUCUUGGCGCCCGCUAAGAAGCUUCGCGAGCAAUACGAAGCGCGCAAGAGAGCGCCUCCUCCGUGGAGCGGGCUGGCGGCCACUCACGCGCAGUUCGCAGAGCAAGCUAGCAAAGUCCUGGAAGACGUACAGUACAAACACUUCGCAAGGAAAGUCGUCGACGAAUACAGAAAGAAGAAUGGUUUGGAUGCCACUACAUUGCCAGUCCCAAAUUACUGAUAUUUUUACCAAAUGAGAAAAUAAAACAAGUAUUUCGACAA